AUGGCGACUCCCAACAAUGUUACUCCCACCAACUGCAGCUGGUGGCCCAUUUCAGCUGUCGAUAAUGAUGCAGGGAAAUCCAAAGAGGCUGAGGAAAACCAGGACCUGACAGACCCUGCUCUCAGAUCCAAGGACAGACUCGUUUUGUAUCACUGGACGCAAUCUUUCAGCUCACAAAAGGUCCGCCUGGUCAUUGCGGAGAAGGGGCUGCCCUGUGAAGAGCGGGAUGUCAGCAUGCCACUGAUUGAGCACAAAGAGCCCUGGUUCAUGCGUCUUAACCUUGGGGAGGAGGUACCUGUGAUCAUCCAUGGGGACAAUAUCAUCAGUGAUUACAACCAGAUCAUUGACUACAUGGAGAAGAACUUCACAGGAGAAAAUGUCGCCCAGCUGAUCCCUGAACCGGGGAGCCUUCUUCACUCCAGAGUGAUGCAGUACAGAGAGAUCCUGGACUCGCUGCCAAUGGAUGCCUACACUCAUGGCUGCAUCCUCCACCCUGAGCUCACCAUGGACUCCAUGAUUCCAAAGUACGCUACAGCUGAGAUCCGCAGACAUUUAGUUAAUGCCAGCACAGAGCUGAUGAAGCUGGACCAUGAUGAUGAACCACAGCUAUCAGAGCCAUAUCUUUCCAAACAGAAGAAACUCAUGGCCAAGAUCUUGGAACACGACAAUGUGAACUACUUGAAGAAAAUCCUCGGCGAGCUGGGAAUGGUGCUAGAUCAGAUUGAGGCUGAGUUGGAGAAGAGGAAACUCGAGUAUCAAGGACAGAAGUGUGAACUCUGGCUCUGCGGAUGUGUAUUUACUUUGGCUGAUGUCCUGCUGGGAGCCACACUGCACCGCCUCAAGUUUCUAGGACUUUCUAAGAAAUACUGGGAAGAUGGCAGCAGACCCAACCUACAGUCUUUCUUUGACAGGAUACAAAAACGCUUUGCCUUCAGGAAAGUUUUAGGAGACAUACACACCACCCUCCUCUCAGCCGUGGUGCCCAACGCUUUCAGGCUGGUCAAACGGAAACCCCCGUCCUUCUUCGGAGCUUCCUUCCUUAUGGGAUCCCUGGGAGGAAUGGGAUAUUUUGCUUAUUGGUAUUUAAAGAAAAAAUACAUCUAAUGCUGGCUCUUUGGUGUUUAGUUUGGUGUCUCUGUGCUGUGUGAAAUCAUGAUGAAUCCUCAGUAACUGUAAUGAAAUUUGAAGCAAGAUAUGAAUACUUAUUGUUAAUGUAACAUUCCAUAGUCUAGAAGUAGAAACUUAUACUGCAAGGAAAUAAGGCAACAAAAAUAAGUCAACUUGUAAAUGCCUUUUUUUUAGGUUGAAGUAUUAAACUGUAGUGAACGUCGUGUGUUGCGCUCGGGCGUUGACUGGGCUCCCACACCCACCGCAGUGUGAAACGGCCUCCAGAGUAGGCAGAUUCUGGUGGCAGAGAGAUGGCCACCCCGGAUGGCUUCCCAAGCACCAGGUUAAACAAUGGGAUCGGGAUACUCUGUUCUGUACAUUUACGUUUUCAAAA